GAUCUUUGGCGGUGAUGGGUCUCGAAGGAGGUGACGAUAUGGCCAAAGAAGGACAGGAGCUUCCUCCCAAGUCGUUACUCCGGUACAACUCGCCGCUGGUGCAAGUGGGUCUCAUCGGCUUGGUCUGCUUCUGCUGCCCGGGAAUGUUCAACGCCCUCUCCGGCAUGGGCGGCGGAGGCCAGGUCGACCCCACCGCCUCCAACAACGCCUCCACCGCUCUCUACACCACCUUCGCCGUCUUCGGCAUCCUCGGCGGCGGCAUCUACAACAUCCUCGGCCCUCGUCUCACUCUCCUCUCCGCUUGCUCCACCUAUGUUCUCUAUGCCGGCUCCUUCCUCUACUACAACCACUACAAGCACCAGGCCUUCGCCAUCACCGCCGGCGCCAUUCUCGGCGUCGGCGCCGGCCUCCUAUGGGCCGGACAGGGCGCCAUCAUGACGUCGUACCCGCCCCCGAACCGGAAAGGGACUUACAUCUCGUUCUUCUGGAGUGUCUUCAACAUGGGUGGUGUCAUUGGUGGGUUGAUCCCUUUUGUUCUUAACUACCACAGAACUGAAGCCGCUUCUGUCAAUGAUGCAACUUACAUUGGUUUCAUGGUGUUCAUGAGUAUCGGCACGAUUUUGACCCUGGCUAUAUUGCCGGCGAGUAAGGUGGUGCGUGACGAUGGGACCAAGUGUACUAAGAUUCAGUACUCCAAUGUUACUACUGAGGCGAUUGAGAUAGGGAAGCUGUUUUUGAAUUGGAAGAUGCUGCUUAUUGUCCCUGCUGCUUGGUCUAGCAACUUUUUUUAUACGUAUCAGUUUAAUAAUGUGAAUGGGGUGAUGUUCAAUUUGAGGACUAGGGGUUUGAACAAUGUGUUCUACUGGGGUGCGCAGAUGAUUGGGUCGAUUGGGAUCGGGUACAUAAUGGAUUUCAGCUUCAAGAGUAGGAGGACGAGGGGGUUUUUCGGCAUUGUAGUGGUGGCUGUUCUUAGCACUGCCAUUUGGGCUGGUGGACUUGCCAACCAGCUAGGUUACAGUCGCGGAAAUAAGCCGGAGAAGCUGGAUUUCAAGGGCCCUGGUGCUGAUUUCGCUGGACCGUUUGCGUUGUACUUUAGUUUCGGGUUGUUGGAUGCUAUGUUCCAAAGCCUUGUCUACUGGGUCAUCGGUGCCUUGGCUGAUGAUUCUGAAACUCUAAGCAGGUAUGUUGGAUUCUACAAAGGAGUGCAGAGUGCUGGAGGAGCUGUUGCUUGGCAAGUUGAUACUCGCCAUGUCUCUUUCCUUGGCCAAUUGAUUAUGAAUUGGGUUUUCACGACUGUGAGCUAUCCGUUAUUACUCGUUCUGGUCUUGUUUGCUGUGAAGAAUGAGGAUGAAGAUGAGGAAAUCACCAAGAGCAAGGAAGUUGCACCUGGUUCGAACAAGGAGGUUGCUUAGCUUAAUUACCGAUUGCAAUAGAUUUUUUGAAACUGUUUUGUAUUUGCCCCCACCUCUAAGGGGUGUUUGUUAUCAAGUUUACAAGCAUUGAAUUGAGGUUUUCCACUGUUAUACACAUGAA